UAAUGAAUGUUUCAAUUUUGUUGUGAACUGUGCUCUUUUUCUAGGCCUUCAUUCACAGCAGACGACUCAGCCUUUUAUCAGAAAUGGGAGUCAGCCAGUAUACCACAAGCAGCAGAAGAAUCUAAUGAUUCAGAAUAUAAAGUUUUAAGAAGUUUCUCUAAUGAGAUGCUCCAUUCUAAACAGAAAGCAGUAGAACAUAAAGCAUGCUGCAGGAAACAACAAAACAAGAACCCAGACGAGCAGCUUCUUGACCUUUUGCUGGGCUCUUUGGCUUCCUGCAGCCGACAGAGAUUACGAGCUUUGAAAAUGGGAAUGGAGCAUCUUGCUGACCUGGACACACGCUCAAUUUCUGUUUUUAAUUUCAUGUCUGUCCUGGAGGAGCAUCAAAUUCAGUUAUCAAGCAGAGCUAUUCAAGUUCUCAUUAAGCGUUUUAAAGAUACCCGCGGAGUAGGAGUGUCUUAUGUACCUCUGUGCAAAUAUUUGGAAGAUGUUCAGCUUCAGACAGGCCGUGACAGUGUUCAGAGAAGCAAAACCUCAAAAUGGCAACAAUUCAAUUUUCAGCAUGCUGAUGACCAAGAACUCAUUACAAAAAUAGAAAAGAUAUUUUUAAAUCAUGACCUAGACUUUGAAAUCGAAGAACUGCGCAAGAAAAUAAAGGAAAGAGAAAGAGGACAGAACUUGAUAUCAAAAAAAGAGCUAACUAAGAUAUGCCUUGAGAUAGGAGUACCGUUGCAUGGCUCGUCCCUCAAUCAGCUUCUGUCAAGAUGUGAUGAUGAGAACAAUGGAAUGGUGAACUGGCCAGAAUUUCUGCAAUUCCUUGCUGCUGCACUAGAAGGAGCUCAAGAAACGCUGAAGAGCAGUGUACAGCCUGACCUCAGAGCAGACGCUUCCAGUCUGCUGCAAAUAUGGGACAAAACAGGAAGAGAAAAGGACACUUCUGGUCUGCCUGCAGCUUCUGCACUACAUAAGCCUUCCACAGAUUAUUCAUCCAAGACAGAUGACUUUUGUUUAAUUUCUAAAAAUGUACCUAAUGAAGAGGUGCAAGAUGCAAAUAUGAAGAAUAUGGAUGGAGACGGUCACUCAGUAUCUUUGGAGAACUGUGUGAGCAAUGAUUUAGGAACCCAGUGGAAAACUCAGAUGACUUUAAAGCACAACCAAGGAGUCCAAGUCAGAAGGAAAAUAAACAUCACUUCCGCUUUUAGAUGGAGGCAAAAAAAAGAGCAAACACAAGUCAACAAAAACUCUUCAGGAGCUGUGAGUGCUGACUCUCUGUGUUUCUCUGAAAAAUGGAAGAGUCCUUCUUGGUUUUUCAACUCCAUCAAAGCAGCUUUAACUGGAUUCAGUGGAGGUGCACAAACAGGGAGCGAUGAAUCCAAAUCGGACUCCGAGUUUCUGUCAGUAACUGAAUCAGAAGACCUCGGCUGUCUGGGGCAGGCUGUCAGCUUGCAGUGGGAUGCAGAAGAAAGCACCGACUACUCUGGAGUAGAAUCUGUGGAGAGUGAAUUAGAUGGGAGUGUUUUAACAUAUUGUGUCCCAGAGAAGUUCCAGUGCCCAGGACCUUGGCUCAAGACACCGCCACACUGCAGACUUGAACUCGAGUGGGUGUAUGGAAUCGGUGGACCUGACUGUGGUAGUAAUCUGCUUUGCAGUAAAUCUGGCAAACUGGUAUACUUUAUCAGCUGCAUUGGAGUAGUUUUUAAUGUUACAGAAAAAACACAGAAGCAUUAUUGUGAACAUACAGCUAAAAUUACAAGCCUUGCCCUUCACCCUGAUGGUGACACUGCUGCUACUGGCCAAGCUGAACAAAAGAACAACAUACUAGGAAAAGCUCACGUUCGAGUUUGGCACCUGGAAAGCUUACAAACCCUGCAUGUGAUUGGAAUGCACACCUUUAUGUCAUCUGUCACCAGCAUUGGCUUCUCAUACUCACAGGCUCUUCUAGUUGCCAUUGACAGCAGACGUGUCCAGCUCAUGGCAGUGUGGGACCUUAGCAUGGCAUGCAUGGUGGCCAAAUGUAAAAUUGGUACUGCGGAGCAGUCAACGCAAGUUACUAACGUGCGGUUUGGAAUGAAGAACGCAGGAAGCCUGCUUACAGCUGGAGAAGAGCAUCUGGUCUGGUGGACGAUUGACAGGGAGACCGGAAGGAUUGUGGAGAGUCAGAAAGCAGAUUAUCAGAAAGAGUCACAACCCAAAUGUAUCACCUGUGUGCUCUACAGCGAGAAGGGGGAUCUCAUUACAGGUGACUCCAAUGGAAAUGUGUACGUGUGGCCAAGUGGAAGCAACACAAUCUCCCAUUUCAUCCGGCAGGCGCACGAGGGGCCCAUUCUCUCUCUGUGCCUCCAUCAAAACAUGCUUUUAACGACGGCCAGAGAUGACAACGUUCUUGUCUGGCACUGGGGCAAGACAUUUGAAUGCUUCCGGCUUCUUAAGAUUCCCGUUUCAGAAGGUGGCGUUUAUCAGAUCGCAGUUGCAGAGGACGCUCUCUACAUGGCCACGGUCAACGGCUCCAUACUCCAGGCGGAUAUCAGCAGUCUGAACUCUCACUCGGCUCCCAUCGUGCUCUGCGACAAAGCCAUCACGGUGGGCCACUCGGACUCAGUGCUGGCUCUAGCCGUGGAUGCAAAGCCACAUCCAGAUUGUCGUCUGUUUGUUUCUGCAGGUUUUGAUGGCGCACUUCACGUCUAUAACGCACAAAGCAAGGAGUGCUUAGCAAGGCACUGUUUCAGAAAGUCUGUCAUCUGUUGCGUGAGCGCAAGCCUCGCAGAGAGACUAAUUGCUGUCAUUUCUAAAGAGCGCGAUCUCACCGUAUUUCAUGUUUCUGUCCAAGACACCCCCAUUAGCCUGCAGAAAGCUGCAACUUUUAGAAAGAUUGCGCCUUCCCCGCCGCUCUGCAUGCAGUUUUCUCCCUGUGGAAAGAAACUCGCAUUGGCCUGUGCCGACAUGAGCAUUUAUGUGUUCCUUUUAACACGGUGUAAUAACACCGAAGUGCAUGUUGACGCUUUCCAGAGCCUCAAAGGGCACACCUCGAGAAUUACUGGAUUAGAUUGGACUGCGGAUGAAGGAAAUCACGGCUUUCACAUUUUAAGAAGCAGCUCUACUGAUGGUGAGCACAAAAUCUGGAACACCGAUACCGGGGAGGAAGUGGAAAAUGCCAUGCUGUGGAAAGACGCCAACUGGGCUUCAGAAACGUCAACGACGGGCUUUACCAAGAAAGGCCUGCUACAUUCGCUACCCAGACAUGAAGUAGCUGUGGGGGUGGACGUCUCGUCAUCUUCAUCUUGCUUAGUUGUGGCCACAUUGUCUGGAAAGCUUUUCCUAUUUCGUCAUCCUCUUCUUCACAGUAAUGGAGAAUUUGACACAUACUGCUGUGGCACAAAUGCGGCAGCGGUGAGAUUUCUUCACGGUGGAUCUCACCUCAUAGUAAUUGGGGGCAAGGACUGCGCAAUCACCCAGUGGAAGAUGGCAACUAAAGACUGCGAUCUGGAGUACUCCUGUAAUUACGCAAACAUCCGCUAA